AUGGAAGCAUUGGCUGAAGGUGAGCUUGAGAGUGGUACUGGUUUGAAUCAAGAAGUCGUCGUCGCAGAGGUUCACAUGUUAACAACUUGCACCAUUAUCAAGUUGAUGUAUUUAAGGAGGCUAGGGCUUCAAUCGUCUUCUUCAGCCAACGGCUUCAUCCGCCAUAGCCAGCCGCCUGUGGCUUCUUCCUCCUACGCCGGCCACCUACCUGCAACCUCUUCUGCCCGUCGCCGUCCUCCUACCGCCUCCAUAAACUCGCCGGUUUCAAGGGUCUUAUCAGAAAUCCAUGCUAGCAUACCACCUAGAGGUUGGAAUUCAUACGAUUCGUUUUGUUGGACAAUCUCUGAAGACGAGUUUCUUCAAAAUGCUCAACUUAUUUCACAGAAAUUGCAUGCUCAUGGCUAUGAGUAUGCGGUUGUGGAUUACCUUUGGUAUAGAAAGUUAGUCCAUGGUGCUUAUGUUGAUUCGCUUGGAUUCGAUGUGAUUGAUGAAUGGGGGAGGAUGAGUCCGGACCCACGUAGGUGGCCUUCAUCAAAAGGUGGCAAAGGGUUCAAAGAAGUAGCCAAGAAAGUUCAUGACAUGGGUUUGAAGUUUGGGUUCCAUAUUAUGAGAGGCAUAAGCACACAAGCCGUGAAUGCAAACACCCCUAUCUUAGACAUUACAACGGGAAAAGCGUACACAGAAGCCGGAAAGGUUUGGCAUGCAAAGGAUAUAGGAUUGAAAGAGAGAGCCUUUUUAAAGUCCCUUUAUCAUCAAUAUGCCGAAUGGGAUGUCGAUUUUUUAAAACACGACUGUGUGUUUGGUGAUGAUUUUGAGCUAAGUGAGAUAACGAUUGUUUCAGAGAUUUUGGAGGGGCUUAAUCGUCCAAUUCUUUAUUCACUCUCACCUGGAACAAGUGCCACACCAGUCAUGGCUCAGCAAGUUUCAACCCUUGUGAACAUGUAUAGAGUCACUGGUGAUGACUGGGAUAAUUGGGGAGAUGUUGCAGCCCAUUUUGAUGUUUCAAGAGAUUUUGCAGCUGCUAGUAUGAUAGGAGGCGGAGGUUUGCUGGGAAACUCAUGGCCUGAUUUAGAUAUGCUUCCACUAGGAUGGCUUACUGACCCUGGAGUCAAUGUUGGUCCACACAGGUUGUCAAGACUUACUCUAGACGAGCAAAAAACUCAGAUGACUUUGUGGUCAAUGGCUCGAUCACCUUUAAUGUUUGGAGGAGAUAUGAGAAAGCUCGAUGAUGCAACUUAUCGACUAAUCACAAACCCAACACUACUGGAAAUCAACUCUUUUAGCUCAAACAAUAAGGAGUUUCCUUACAUUACCAACACGGCUGAAUUCCAAUUCUUGAAACAAGGUCCACACUUUCAAACUAGAAGUCUAAAAGACACGGGUGCAUCAGAAAAACUCAUUUUAGGGCUCUCGAGUUGUCAUGAUUCCAAAGCCAAAGGGUGGUUUGUGAAAGCAGUUGAUGCGGAUCUUGAACAAGUUUGUUGGAGAUGGCCAUCAAGAACCAAAAAUUUCGAACCUUUUUGUCUCUACAAAUCGGACCCUCUUUUACAAUCAGAUGAAGUUACAUAUAGAGAAAAAUAUCGAGGGAAGCUUCACCUACAUGCAAGAAAUAGGGAUGGGUUUUGCUUUGAUACUUCAUCCAAACGGAAACUUACUUCAAAGGAGCAUAAGAGAGCGUCAUUUUUUCCUUGCAGACCGGAUGCUAACCAGAUGUGGGAGCUAAACAGCAAUGGAACACUUGUGAAUAGUUAUUCGGGUUCAUGUGCUUCUAUCAAAGAAACAAAAGCCAAUGUGGGUCCCGGAGGAGUUCGCUCAUGGAUUGCUACCGGAAAGAAAGGAGAGGUGUAUCUUGCUUAUUUCAAUCUGAAUACUUCAAAAACAAUUAUUUCCACAACUAUAUCAAAUCUCUCAAAGGCAUUUCCUAUGAUAAAUUUUGGCUCAUGUUCAUGCAAAGAGGUUUGGAGUGGGAAAGAUUACGGGUCACUACAACAUUCACUCUCGGCUUCUGUUGAGUCACAUGGUGUUGCCCUUUUUAUCUUGACUUGUACUUAGUUUUCAUGGGAAACACACAGUCUAUUUGUGUUGUAUUUGCAAUUGCAUCGUGGAUUCUUGAAUUCAUAAACAGAAAUUCAAUGACUUUAAGUAGUUCACGAAGCUUGAUUUAUUAGAUCCCCA